AUGAAGGACCCCUGUUGUCCAUCAAGGUCGACGGGUGUGAUGAACAACAAAUCCGCGACCGAAAUCCUCGUCCAUAUCACAGCUCCUAGCAGAUCGAAAGACGAUGCCAACUAUAGAGCACUCGCCAAUGCAUAUCACGACUUUGAGCCCACCACGCGCACAUCCGUGUUCAGCAAGACAAUAUCACCAAAUGCCGUAGUUCAUCAGGCCGCCGUACAGCCUCAACCCGUUGGAAAUGGCUCCCUAGGACCCUCCACGCAACCGAAUCAGAUCCUCCGGUCGUCUGAAGUAGCAGGAUUCGUUGAAACCCCGGUGUUAUCGUGGCGCGAUGCCGCGAACAAUUUAGCAUCGCCCAGCUUGGGGAUGAGGCACGAUGAGCCUAGCCAAUACUCACAGCUUUCAUGGCAACCUCCUGCAAGCGUUGUUCAAGAUUCACUACCAGACAACAAUGUGACUUUGUCUCAGUUUUGCACACCGACAAGGCUGUUAGAGGACUAUCUACAUCCUGGUGAUUCCAGUCAGUUUCUGUCGCCAGUCAUAGAGAGGGCCCCGAGAGGACAGCAACCAACAGCCGCCCGGAUCCAGAGUCAGCAUGAGGGAUACUCGACAUUCCCCACCAUCAGCCAUAUCUCGCAGCGGCGACAGGUGGUUACUGGCGAGCCUCGCAUAGCGCUGUUACCACCGGAUUUUUCUUUACAAGGGAACAGCCAGGAACAUGCGGCGGAAGGCGAUAUUCAAAAGACCCUCAGUUCACCGAUCAAUACGGCCAAGAAAUCUCAUGUAGCUGCGCCAUCAGAAAGGGACUUAUCAUGUCGUCAAGGCGCUAGGCGCAUGUCAAUCACAAAAUAUUCUCCCAGACGCCAAACACCAGCAGAUCCCCGAGGAAAGGUUAUACCUCUCUCGCCAGUGAUAAACACCAACAACAAGCGCCGCCGACCCGUCCAGCAUGGGCCGUCUCCCUCCUCCCGAGACAGCGACUUCACAAUAGCAUCAUCACAGCCUGCUGCCCAAGAGCAAGUUCCACCCACGGACACCAUCCUUUGCAAACAAGACUUGUCCAAACCAUGUUUAUCGUCAUUCUGUACCGAAUCCGAAGCACCACCAAUCAACAAGUGUCGCCGCACAUGUCCCGAGCCAGCGCCAGCACCGGCAUCAUCGUCACAAGCAGCCACGCCCGCUUCAUUGACGUUUUUGUCCGCCCCCUCAUCUUCUGCAAACCCAAUCUCAAGUUCCGGAAAGCCCCUCGUCCGCUCUUCCAGUGAUAUCGGCCCCAGACAAGACGCUAUCAAAUCCAACCAGAUCGCCUCACGAGGCGCCCGCCUCUCGUCCGUUCUCGAGCUCCACUCGCCCUGUCCUCCAACGUCCGAUUACGUAUUCGAUCUCUCAUCUUCUUCUUCAAAGGAGAAAGGAGAAGGAGAAACAGAAAAGGACCUCUCAUUGAUGACCCCCGUCCUCGCCAAGCUCGCCAUCGACCUGAAACUCCCCAAACGAUUUCAGCCCUCACUCCGAACGCGCGCCCUGCGCCCUUACGAGCGGGGCUACUGGCUGGUGGACUGCACGUCGUGGGACCGCGAGCUCAAGGAGUCGUGCUGGCUUUUUCUAGCGGACUACCUGGGCAGCGGGGCGGCGGGCUGGGGGGUCUGGUGCACGCGGGACGAAGCGUUCACUCGUUUGAGAUUGUAUUGCUGGGGCGCGGUGGUUGGUCACCUAUACCUUGUCUUGUACAUAAUUAGCAAGCGGGAGGUGCUGUAUACAGGGACGGAAUGGGUGGAUGGAGGCGGGGAGGUGGUCAUUAGGAUGGAAGCUAGGUUGCGGUCUGUGAUGGCCACGGGGGUGGGCAUGUUGAGUGCGAGGUAG